UGCCGGUUGAGAGUGUGGAGGGUGGGUGGGUUCAUGGAGAAGGUGUAGUGCUUACAGUCGUGUUAUGAGACGUUGUUUGUGGAGUGCGGGAAGUUUAGGGUGGAGAGGUUGGUGUUGGAGGAGCGGAAUGAGGCAUUCGAGAAGGAUGUGAGGCAGUUGAGGGUAGAGUUGGUGCCGGUUUGCAGAUAGAAUGGAAGUUGUCCGGCCUUUGGGAUGUACGCCGCUGUAUGAGAAUACAAAGCACAACCUGGAGUGCAACGAGUGGCGUUUGCGAUUUAUGGAGGGGGAGAUCACGAGAAUCACGAGGACGGCCGAGUGCAGCACGGUGGAACAACAGCAGGGCGAGAAGACUUGCUGAAGAAACAGAACGGUGCUAUCCAGAAUCGGUCGAACGCGGAAAUCGGAAUCGAGCAUUGAUCGCCAUCGGUGGGACAUUAGGGCCAAGGUGGUCGUUUAUGGGGAGGUCAAGAAAAAGUACCUGCAGGCACGACGGACUGGCCAGCAGCUGCAGGAGCGACAAGAAGCGCCAGAUGCAGAAAGUGAAAAAUCGAGAGACGCGCCAAACGGACAACAUCAAAAGCUUGGAGACGGAUAUGAAAAAGCCGGCGAGUAUGGUGUCAACCGGGUUGCGGAUAAGAAGCACCGCAAUGAGGCGAUGCUAGCCGCGCUGAAUGGCAAGCGGACCGACCUGGCAGCGAUAACGCCAAGCGGGAAGUGGAUCUGAACCACACGGUCAAAGAAGAGACGACGCACCGGCACAUUGCAAAGCAGCACGAAAAGUGU